AUGUCCACCGGCGCCAGUGCGAGCGCCUCCUCUCCGCGCUCUGCCAUGGAAGGGAUCGUGGAGGAGAAUGCGCAGGCUGGAGACGACGAAGGGGACGUGGAGAAGCUGCUGAAGAAGGUGGAACUGGAAAAGAAAAUCCAUCAACUGCAGAGACGUCUGGAGCUGGCCUCUGUCAAAGCCAACAACGGUUGGACAGACAUGUCUAUCAAGGACAUUGAGCACAAACAACUUCCCGCAACUCCGUCGAGGCAUAAAGCCCCACUUAGCGUGCACACUUCUUCCCCAAUGGGAAAUAGCCAAGUGGCAGCCAGCCCAGCUAUACCAUACGAACCACCAUCUCCUUCUCGACCAUGGCAGCUUAUCGACGUGCUGUGGCAACCUUUACCGCCGCCUUCUCACGGCAACUAUCCACCUUCGCCUUCGAGCCCUAUGAAGCGUUCGCGUGAAGACGAUCACCCCGAGGCCCCGCGGCCAAGUGGGCAUGGAAUCACGUAUCCCAUGUCUCUUGCUAGUCCGGGAGCAAAGAGGGUGAAUGGACACCGUCGUGCUUCCAGUUCCUUGUCUGGGCACACGCUCGAUAGGCGUAUGAUGGCCGGACCGUCUUCACCUUUGAGAACCAAGUUUGAAGACCAUGAAAAGAAGAGACGAUCGCAUUCGCAUUCCACCCACGACAGGUCGCGGCGAGUAGGGACGACGAGCCAGGAUGUCGACGCUGCCAAGGCUCUCACUUUUAUGCUGGGUAGCGGCUCUGAAGACGGCGGCGGAUCCAUGUCGCGCCAAUCCUCAUCCGAGGCCAUCUUGCCUGUACCCGACUCGUUUGCGAGCCCCAUCCCCACCUCACCGAGCGCCAACCCGCGUCGUCUCAGUAUGCAGUCCAUCCAGACUACGCCGCGUGCCGGCGACCUGCGCACCCCCAGCUCUCAUGCUCGCUCGCGUGUCCCACCCGGCUCUGGCUCUUCUGCCGAACGGGACAGGCCAGAGGAGGACAAGACGGCAGCAGAGUUGAUGAUGUUUUUGGCGCACUCGCCGUCGCCGAUGAAGUCGGCAAAGAGGGGCGGGCCUCCUGACUCGCCCAACCGGCCCAGUCUUGGGGCCGCUGCGAGGGUGCUGUUUGCCGAUGAAGAACGGUCAAAGCAGACCCCGUCUUCGUCGUCGAGUACUGCUCUGUCAUCUGCGUCGUCCUCGUUCAGUGCCGGUUCCAGCUUGCCUUCUUCUAUAGGGCACAAGACGCACUCCAGGGGUGGCUCGUACUCGCAGUCCAACCUGGCGCUGGCGCCUCCCAUAACGCCCGACUCGACGGAUGGGUCAACCCUUGUCCAGAUCUAG